AUGGCGGAGUAUCUGACCGAGUACGGCGUGGCGGAUGCCGUUCCUACCGACAAGAUGCGGGACAUCGUGCUUGAAGCCAUAUCGCAGACCUAUGAUUUGGUCAAAAGCGGUCAGCACGUCGGGGACAUCGGCGACGACGGCACGGAUGCAGAGGAAGACAACACCUCCUACGAGGUUUGCAAGACGUGCUCAUUCUGCACUAAGAGUGCGGACAAGCACUACUGCGAGGCUGAGAAUGGCAACCCCUUCGUUCCUAUCGCCGAGCCCGAUAUUUUUCAAUGUGACGAAUACGCCGACAAGCACGACACUGAGGAGAAACGCUACGCCGUGACCGCCCUUAGUGAGAAAUUCAAGGGCGUGGAGGUCAAUUACUACCCCGACUGCUUUGGCGUGUUCUAUCCCAACGGCGAUGAGGAUAGUUAUCCGUAUUCAUUCCCGUUGGAUGCGCUCGCCGAGGAUAUAAGACAGAAGGCAGAGCCGAGAAACCCCGACGGCGGAGCGUGUGCGGUGGUCUUUGCGGGCAAGUGCGACAAGGGGUACUUUUACAAGAGCGGGGAUAUUCCCGACUUCACUUCAACCCUCGGGUUGGUGAACCUAUACCCCACCCCUCAGUCGUUGCUUUCUGCAAUCAAUGAGUGCGGACACACAAACCUCGGCACAAUCGGGGCGUUUGAACUCACCGAGGCGGAGUAUCAGACCAUAUCCUCAGCCUUGCAGAUAGCGGAGGACAACGCCGAUGACAUUGACGCAUACGAUAUAUGCAUCAACGGCGAGGAAUACUCACACUCGGACUUUGAGGAGGACUGCCACGAUUUGAGGGAGUGGCUCGCCGACAUUCACCCAAGCGAGGCGGAGUCAGUAUGGCACGAUACAAGCAACCCCGACGACAAGCCUGAGAUUGCCAAAGAUGAGGGCGGGGUUGAUUGCCUUGUCGAAUUUGGCACGGGAGAAAUAAUAAUAAUGAAUUCCUUGUUAUUGGACGGCAAGCCUUUUUGGUGUGGCUGUACUUUGUGCGUGUUCGACGAGGUGAAACGUUGGGCGUAUAUAGCCGAUAUUGCGAAACUAAAAUAA